AUGACGACGGCCAGUGCACCGACAUCAUGGGUGCCGCUCGAGGCGAAUCCAGACUUGUUUAGCACGUGGUGCGAGACAUUAGGCCUCGAUACGUCGAAGUAUGCAUUCUAUGAUGUGUUUGGUCUUGACGAUGAGCUCUUGGCGAUGGUGCCUCAGCCUGUGGAAGCGGUCCUAUUUCUAUUUCCACUGACAUCGCGCAUCGAAGCGCAUCGAAGCGGACUACAAAAGAAGGCUGAUGAAAAAAGCGAGCUUCUUUGGUUUCCACAGACGAUCGGCAAUGCAUGCGGCACCAUAGGUCUGCUGCACGCUAUUGCCAACUCGGCGGCAGCUCAAGCGAUUCGACCAGAGUCGGUAUUAGCGCACCUGCUUGCUAGGGCGCGAUCUGUUCCUCCUGCUGAACGAGCUAAUCUUUUGCUUCAAUGUGAAGACCUUCGAUCAGCUCACGCAUCCACCGCUGCGCAGGGCCAAACAGCCGCACCGACGGCGGAAGAUGACGUCGAUUUGCACUUUGUUGCCUUUGUACGCAGUUCGACUGGUGCGCUUGUUGAGCUAGAUGGUCGUCAGGAUGGUCCUGUUGAGCGCGUUCCAUACAUUGAGCGCAAUGAGCUGCUAUCCAGGACAGCACACGUUAUUCAGCAGGAUUACAUGGCUGUUGAUCCGGAUCAGGUCCAAUUUUCCGUCGUAGCGCUGAGCCAAAGUGUGUAA